AUGGUGGGCUCCAAGAGUGACAUCUUGUCAAUGCGCUCGGGCUCCUAUGCCCUGCUGCCCACCGGAGACCAAGACUCACCAACACAGAAGGCAGCAAGCCUUGGGGGGGCAGAGUCAAGAAUACGGGCUAUCAGCGUGAUGGACUCGCAGCGGCAGGACCGUCCUCUCCGCAUGACCUCAAUCGCUAGUGGCUUGGAAGAGGAAGAGAAGCCAUGGGGCUGGGACAUGCUCAACGAGGACUUCUUGGAGACACCUGCGAUGCAGGGAGCUACCAUUUGCCUCAUCAUGAUGAAUGCUGUCAUCAUCGGCCUAGAGACCGAUUUCCCGGAGAAGUUCCCAUGGGACAUCGUAGAAAACAUUUUCCUGGUGUUCUUCACAAUGGAACUGGGGAUUCGAAUAUAUUGUCUGGGUGUGUUCAAGUUCUUCAACUUCCGCAACAAUCCCGACAUUGCCUGGAAUCUGUUCGACUUCAUGCUGGUGUCGAUGGGAGUCCUGAGCCUUGGCUUACACUUCGUCGCAGGGUCCGAGGAUGUUCUGGCCAGGAACGCUACCCUGUUCCGCAUCAUCCGCUUAUUGAGAAUACUGCGCGUGCUGCGCAUUAUCCGCAUUGUGCGGUUCCUGAAGCAGCUCUAUCUGCUCGCAUACGGCUUCAUCGAAGGAACCAUGGCCGUCCUUUGGGUUACGAUCCUGGCCUCGUUCAUGUUAUACAUUUGCGCGGUCAUCCUCGUCCGGGCAUACGGACGCAGCACCCCUGAAGACGACCCCUACCAUGAUUUCUUCAUUUCCCACUUCGGCAGCAUACCAAUGACCAUGUUCGCUUUAUUCGAGCUCAUUACAGCCCCUGACUUGGCACCCUACCGUGAAGCGAUGUUCGCCAAUCCUCCUCUCGUCGUUUUUCUGGUUGUGUUCAUCAUCUUGGGCAGCUUCGGUAUCAACGGUCUUCUCGUGGCCCUCAUCAACGAGAGCAUUCUGGAGAAGAACCAAGCACGCAUCGAAGCGGACCGAAUGGACCGCGAAACAAAGCGCAAGACCAUGCAACAGCGCUGUGGAGAGCUCUUCGACGAGAUGGACGUGAACAGAAACCGCGUACUGCCUCGCGACGAGAUCAAACAGUGCACGGAGCAGAUUGCAGAGCUUCUCGAAAGCUAUGGUGUGAACUUUCAGCGAGCAGAUCUGGACCAGAUGUUCUAUGUCAUGGACUACAGUGACACAGGCAUCAUCGAGCGGUCCGAGUUCAUCCAGGGUGUGGUGGGGCUCUGCGAUCAAAUCCGGCCAAUGUCCAUCAUGGAGCUCCACUAUCAGGUUUCAAAGACCUGCGGCAAAGUCGACCUGACGGAGUUAAAGGUCGAUGGACUGGCCAAGACGGUCGAAGGCUAUGAAGUCAAGAUAGACAGCGUGGAGUCAUCCCUGAAGCGGCUCACGGACCACAUGCCCAAGUCCACUUCGGCUGCGAGCCAGGGCUCCAACUCGAGGCGAACUUCCCGUGACUUGGACACGAUCCAGUCGGUGACCUUCCAUCAGGACGUGAUCCCAGAAUGGGAGGGCGAGGGUGAUGCCGACGACAUCUGGAGGGGUGCUGAUGUGAGCACUCGAGAGCGUGCAGACACUGCAGAGAUUGCAAGCCAAUCCGAGCGGUCCAGAGAGACCAAAGCAAGGAGUCCCAGCAGCGACUGCGCCGGUUGCAAUGUCGCCCAGGAUGAUGUGGCAGCGAACCUCGCCGAAGUGCACAAAGACGAAGGCCAGGAGCUCCAUGCCAUGCUGGCCAAGCACGGCAAGCUGCUUACCGAGACCCUCGAGGCUGUCCAGGCAUUUACGCAGUCGGCCGCAACGAAGUUGCCCGGCAAGGCCUCGAGGCUGACCAAUGUGAUGCUGCAGCUGCAGCGUGCUAACAUCGAUGUGCUGAGUGCUCUUUUGGAAGAAAAUUCGCAGUUAACGCCUGAGCCUGAGCCGGCUUUGAAGAAGCCGGUGGACGGCGAGGUCAGCCUUCAGCUCACUCGCAACUACAACCAGCACUGGUCAAGGAAACAAGCAGUAGAUGAAUUUGUGCAAAACUGGGUCGACCAGAUAGAAAAAACUGGCAAAGACAAUUGCUCGCCAUGGCGAUCCUCUGAAGAGCACGUGUGGUGGUUUCAUUGCCGGCAUGGAAGAAGAGAGUGCUGGAUAGCGGCUUUGCUCAAUGUGUCCCACGGUGACCCAGGAGGCGAAACAGGAACCAUAUUGGGCACACUUCUGUUUGACGAGGAAGCGGGAAUUCUUGAAUUGGCAAAUUACGAAGCCAUUCUGCCGGUGCGCUGCUUCUUGCUUGGCUAUUCAGGCGCAGACAAAGCCUGUGCAGAAAGCGACACGCGGGGUAAGUUCGGUGAUGGGCUGCCGUCCUCGACGAUUCGGUUGGUGGCUGAUGGCGUCAACAUCUGCAUUUGGACAGGAAGUCAGAAGUAUAGCAACUUCGGCUUCAAAAUGGACCCACACUUUUCGCACGAGUGUUUGCACAUGUGGGUUAGCCCGUCCAACACGGUUUCUGGGACCGCGCACUUGGCAGCUCACUGUCGAUCUGCCACUUUUUAUGCGUAUCAGAGACUUUCUGCGCAGAAGCGAUAUCUCCAGUAUAACUGGCCCGUCGUGGCAGGCUUGAGAGACACGGUGGUGCAAUUGGCCGGUGUCACUGAGCAAGAUUUCGACGUCUGCCGGUACAUCUUUUUGCAUCCCGUCCUCAUUCAAGCCUCAUGCGUGCAGAGCUUCAUCUCUGAUGAGUUCGCAGACGUGUUUUUGCACUCUGAUUUUGAGGGCAAAAUCUAUGUGAAGGAUAUGCUGGCACAACAAGUCUUUAGCUCACAGAGACCACGAUAUGGCUACAAUUUGAAGCAGUUCAGUGUAAAAUCACGGGACCGGCAAGAGACUCUUUGCGAAUACGAGUUGCUGACGCAGAUUGCCAUGGCCUGGUCGAAUGUCUUGCGGCCCACAGCCCCUGUGGAUCCGAGUUUCUUGCGAGCAAAGCUUUACGAUGCUCUGAGCAAUCAUCCGGAUAGUUCCGAAGCGGUUUCGAUGUGCGAAGCUCAUCGUGCUGCGAUGGAUCAUGUCUGGGCACAUCUGCAGGAGGAGUUUCAGGCCCGGCACGGCAAGGCCGGUUUCCCCGUGGUACAUGAGGACACUGAGGCAUGCAAGAUCAUAACAGACAAGCUCAAGAAGACGCCAGUGCUCAUCAGCAGCAGACUUUUUGGCUGCCUGGCUGCCGCAGAUGCGAAGUGGGCCUGCUCAGCCGAGCAAGCUUGGCAUGCAAAGCGAUUGAAAGCUGUUCGGCAUUGCGCACCAGAGUGCCUUGAUGUCGAGCCAUAUCCGACCAUAGUUCGAGUUCUGGAAGAAUCCGUGGGCAAAGUUCAUCCACUACCGAAACUUAGGCUGGUCAGUACGAGGGUGCUUGACGAGGUCUCUGUGCUUGACUAUGCCGGCGUCGCAGCUUUCGAACUGAUGGGAUUUGAAGCUGCGCAGCGAGAAGAUUUGAGUGGUAUUUACGAGGAAUGCAGAAACUGUCUCGGGCAUGGCAAGCCAAUAUUCAAGAAACGAGGUGAAUCAAGCAGAGAUCUCUACAUCUUUUGGACCAAUGGAUGGCUGCUGUGCGACGGGCCGUUGGAGUAUUUGCACCGCUGCACCAAUCCAAACAGAUGCGCAUCGUGUCCUCACCAGAACUGGUGGGCCGAGAGCUGCUGCGACUGGCUUGUUUGGGAUGGAUUUGUAUGGCAUGCCUGUACUAUCACCAUCAAGCCAGUUGGAAGCGGCAGAAAUGGACGAAUGAAACAGUCGAAGCUCAUCUUAAAUGCACUCGCUAUCAAGGACCUUUUGCAACCAAGCAGCAGCGAAAAUAGAAAGUACUCGGUUAUCCGAUCGUUCAACACGCUCUUCGAUGCCGUGCUCCACGAUUUCAAGCAUGUGGCAAAGCUGCAACUCUCACCUGCGAUAGAGCGAGAAGCACAGGAGUCGCUUAUGAGACAAUUGCUGGACCUGGAUCUACACACUUUUCAAAAACAUGUUGACAAGCUGCUUGGAUUUGAUAGAGCCUCUACUAUCAGAAGGCGCCUCACGGCAUGGCUGGAAGGAGAGAGCGAUGACGAGGACAGAGACGAUCCUGUAGAGCAGCAGGCGCGCAAAUUGAUUCGAGAACAGAUUGAACUUGGUGUCCUGCGAGUCAACCCAAAAUACAACGACAGCUUGGCUUGGGUUGGUGAUGCAGUCUUGGAUGCCUCUCUCGGCUUGCUUGGUGUAGAGAGUGAUCUGCGACCAAGAGAACUCGAUCAGCUCCGUCAAAAACUGUUUUGCACAAAGCGCAUGGGUUGCGAUGUUAGUGCCCUCGGCUGGAAACGGAUACGAGAGGCCGCGGAACGUCGAGAGCAGAGAGUUGGGGAGCUCACCAUGGAGCAGAAAGCAGAGUUGACCCGGAUUUAUGAGCUGAUCUUGAGCAAUGCCACAGUUCCCCGUGCGGAAGACCCUGCGCGGGAGCGUUCCUUCUUGUCCGAGAUCAGUAUGUCUGUCAAGGAAGCUCGCACAUCCACCUCCAAUAUCGCACUUCGCACGAGAGAGUGGCAGGACUAUGGUGAUGGUGCUUCCUACGCCGGCAAGCGAGACUGCGCCGCAAGCAGCGACGUGACAUACAUUCCAAAGCUUGCGGUGCUUGCAAGCAUGGCAGCCACUGCCGCUUUGACCAUGUGUCCUGUCCACAGAUCGCGUGGUGAGAGGGGCGCUCGAGAAAGUCUUUGGCCGCCGGAAACUUUCGGCCCGCGAGAGGGGAACCUGGGGCUCUCGCAGCAGGCUGCUGCAUCUGCUGGAGAUGCGCUCUUGGCCUAUGCCGGUGCUCAUCCCAGGUUGUCCCUGGAUGUGGCCGCCGCUGCAGCACUGAAAGAGCUGUUGCGGCCGUUGCGAUUGCAAAUCCGUCCACAAUGGGCCUUGCGGCCUCACCAGGAGGAGGGCUACAGAUGGCUCAUGGCACGAGCAAGCGCGGGGAUGGGUGCAGUCCUGGCUGAUGCCAUGGGUCUUGGAAAGACGCGUCAGGCUAUCGCCUACAUUCUCGGAGUGCGCGAAGGCUUGCGGAGCCGGGAAGCCCUCGAAGGCGAUCGCUUGUGUGCUCGGACUGGGCAGAAGGCAAAUUUGUCGAACUUCGAAGGCAAUGGUGCAGAGCUGCGCGAAGUGGUCGGCUGCGCUUUGCGGGUCACACCGCAUCGCCUGAGGCUAGUCACUGCGAGCAACGUAGAGAUCGGUGAUGUCGAUGUGAUAUCGGACGAGAUCCAGUGCCCGAUCACUGCGACGGUCGGAGAGGGCCAGGAGAUCGCAGAGUUUUGCCAAGAAGCCAUGCCCAGCUUCACUUCGAGACCUGUCGAAGAUGCACUUAGCCUUCCUCCGGGCACAGAAGAUCUGUCUGAUGGCAUUUUACUGGGAAGAGCGAUGAUGCUUGCUAUCAAGAAGGAAGAGUCGAGGAUAUGGCGCAAGUAUCUGCGCAUUCUGAAGGCACACAAUGCCAGCAAGUGGAACUUCGAUCCCGAGGAGGAAUGGGAAGACUUAUAUUUUGGGGUAAAGGAGGAGCUUAAGCAGGCGAUAAAGCCACACUGGCAAGAGGCAAGAGACGGGCUGCAAAAAUGCAGGAAGGCGGCCAGUGGCUUCGUCGAGCUGGACAAGAGGCUGCAGCAGAAGUUGAAGCUGCAGUUCUUCUGUCGAUGGGAGGAGCAUGAGGAGAAUGGCCAGACCAAGCGGCACCGGGUUUAUGGAAUCCGACAAGCAUACUCAGCCGUGGAGUUUGAAAAAGUCUUCGGUUCCUGGUUAGAGCGAGAGAGGCAGUGGGACAAGGCGGCCUCCACUUGCAUUCUGUCAUCUUGGAGGGACCGCAUCAGCACGGUCAUCGAAGUUGAGCGCGAAAGCGACUCCGACCAAAUCCUCAAGCUUUUCUCCAUUUACUGCAGCUUGCUGACGGCGGCGCACGCCGGACAAGAAGCGGCUGCGUGGAUAAAGCCCUACACGAAGACGACCGUCGAAGCGCUACUGAAAGGCCUCAAAAAGGAGGCGUUCAUGCUGAGGGCGGAUGCAGGACUGGUGCCGCGGAACUGUCCCGAGAGUAACGACCCGGACAAUCCGGAUUUCAUGGCCGAGAAGAGUGACAAGGUGAUCAUCGAGUCCAUGGGGCUGCUCCACUCAACGGCGGCAUCUGUGGAAGGGCUGAGGGAAGGGCUUUGGUCGUUCCUGGGGGAUCUUGCAGAAGAUCGGUGUGACCCUUUGCGUUUUCUUGGGAUGAGACUCCUGACGCAAUAUCACCCAGCGAACGAAGCGACCCAGCAGCUGUUCCAGAAGUUCACUGAGUUCGACUGGCCUCACGUGCGCGAGAUGGCUAAGGCCGCUCUGGAGGAGUGUCGCUCCGCCCCCGAGUCCCCUCAGUCCAACGGAGUGGAAGCCGCGACCGACUGCCCAUCCCCUCGAAGCUUGUACCUGAGAAGUAUGAACUCCAAUCCAAUCCGGCUGACUAUUCCCCGCCUUGGAGGGAGACGGCGUAUGCGCAGAGGUCGCGGGGACGAUUACAACCCGGGCAAGCACGUGUUGUUCAUCGUGAGGGACGAUGAAGAGGACGAGGACGAAUACGAGGAGGAGGAAUGA